AUGUUCGGCGCAAGUUUGGACGAGCGCGUGAGUCAAACCGUCAAGCGAUGCUCGACUAUCUUUCUGACCAUCCAGGAGGAGAGACUCUGGGUGGUCUAUGCAGCCUCGCAAUCAACGUUAUCGGUCAAGCUGCAUACACGAAAGCCCCCCCCCCCCGUGUCGCCGAUAAUGUCCAGGAGGAGCGCCAGACGGGGCAAUUUGUACGUCUUUACAUUUGCAGGCUACCAGACUACAGCCAACACGAGGGGGUUCACGGUGACUCUUCUUUCUCUAGAUCCUGAAUGGCAGGAUUGGAUCCACGAAGAGCUGCACAACCUGCCUGCGGACCACUCGAACUGGCCUUAUGAAGAAGUAUAUUUCCGUUCGAAAGACCACUUCGAAGUCCUCCUCCAUUUCACCCUCGUGCUCCACUCGACCCGCGCGGUGCUCGAAUCCCAGCAACUUGUCAGCGAGACGGGCACGUAUUACUUCCAGCCGCCGGUGAUGGUCACUGUCUCUGCAGUAGCUAUCCACUUUGACGAAAGAAAUCUGCGGCUAGAUGUUGCCGCGUUCAAACCUUCGCGCUGGAUCGGAGAUGAGACUGGCAGGGUAAAAGUCCCGCCCAAAGUGACGUUUCUUCCGUGGUCUGGAGGACCUCGCAUCUGUCCCGGUGUGAAGAUAGCGCAGUGCGAACCUAUUCCUGUCGAUGGGCCUGCGGAUUUGGGUGCUCUACGGUAAAGACUGCUGAAUCUGGCAGACAGAGCGGUUUCCAAGGCGACACUGCAGGUUGAGGAUCCGGCAGCUGUGCAGUUGCGGUGGGUGAGAGACGUAGCCUAGUCCCUACUGUAUAUACAUCUAUUCCC